AUGCGACUCCCUGGAAAGAGCCGUCAGUCCCAAGUCUCGCCAGCAGGUGUCGCAUCCACAUGAAAGUGUUGAUGACACGUUGGACGCAGUUGAGUCGAGGAAGAAAGGGCCGACACAACACCUUCGAUAAAGGUAACAGCAUGGCAAUGACGGCCCAGAGCUCCUGCUCCUCCAUGAGUAACCACACCAAGGAACGUGUCACCAUGGCCAAGGUCACCUUGGAGAGCUUCUACAGCAACCUCAUUGCCCAGCACGAGGAGAGAGAGAUGAGGCAGCAGAAACUGGAGAAAGUGAUGGACCAGGAGGGCUUGGCUGAUGAAGAGAAACGCAUUCGCCGUUCUCAGCAUGCCAGGAAAGAAACCGAGUUUCUUCGUCUGAAGCGAACCCGACUCGGUCUGGAAGACUUUGAGUCGCUGAAGGUGAUCGGCCGUGGAGCUUUUGGAGAGGUGCGCCUGGUACAGAAAAAGGACACCGGCCACGUCUAUGCCAUGAAGAUCCUUCGCAAAGCCGACAUGCUGGAGAAAGAACAGGUGGGUCACAUACGUGCUGAGCGGGACAUCCUGGUGGAGGCAGACAGCCUGUGGGUGGUCAAGAUGUUCUACAGCUUCCAGGACAAGAUGAACCUCUACCUCAUCAUGGAGUUUCUGCCUGGGGGAGACAUGAUGACCCUCUUGAUGAAGAAAGACACUCUGACAGAAGAGGCCACUCAGUUCUACAUCGCAGAGACGGUCCUGGCCAUCGAUUCCAUCCACCAGCUAGGCUUCAUCCACAGAGACAUCAAACCAGACAACCUCCUGCUGGACUCCAGGGGUCACGUGAAGCUGUCUGACUUCGGACUGUGCACGGGACUAAAGAGGGCGCACCGCACAGAAUUCUACAAGAACCUGAACCAUAGCUUGCCCAGUGACCUCAGUAAGCAAACCUUUCAGAACAUGAACUCCAAGAGGAAAGCAGAGACGUGGAAGAGGAACAGGAGGCAGCUGGCUUUCUCCACGGUGGGAACACCGGACUACAUCGCCCCUGAGGUGUUCAUGCAGAACGGCUACAACAAGCUGUGUGACUGGUGGAGCCUGGGUGUCAUCAUGUACGAGAUGCUCAUCGGUUAUCCCCCCUUCUGCUCCGAGACCCCCCAGGAGACGUACAGGAAGGUGAUGAACUGGCGCGAGACGCUCACCUUUCCUCCAGAAGUGCCUAUUUCAGAGAAGGCCAAAGACCUCAUCCUCAGGUUCUGCUGUGAAGAGGAACACAGGAUUGGUGCUGCUGGUGUGGAUGAAAUCAAGUCCAAUCCAUUCUUUGAGGGUGUGGACUACGACCAUAUCAGGGAGAGACCAGCAGCCAUCCCCAUUGAGAUCAAAAGCAUCGAUGACACUUCAAACUUUGAUGACUUCCCGGAUUCUGAUAUCCUCACACCAACUGCCACUCAAGUGUCCAACCACUCGGACACGGACCUGAAGAACAAGGACUGGGUGUUCAUCAACUACACCUACAAGCGCUUUGAAGGCCUCACAGCCAGAGGAUCUAUUCCCACCUACAUGAAGUCCACCAAGAGAUGAACCAAGGACUUCCUUUUGGAGAAGAUUGCUUUCUGCUGCCUUCACUGCUCUGCACCUCCACCUGGACUUUGGACUCUUCUCUGGGGUGAAGAGGACACAUUCCUUCUUUUCUCAACCAGCAGCUUCUUUCCCCCCCCCCACUCGACACUUGACAAGAAGCAAGUGCUCUUCAGGGAUUUUCUCCAAAUGUGUUUGCUGCCACCAAGUGCUGCUGAACCAAAGACUGGAUCAAGAAGGUUAGAGUCCGCAACAUCUUAGCACCUUAUGUCAUGCUCGUCGUCAAGGCAACGCGGUGACGACGGGAUCACAUUCCCAUCUUUUCACAGCGCUUGCUUCCAACUACACGCUAAACAUCCCACAUGCUGUCUUUUAAAAUGAAUGUAAAGCAAGUUUUAAAAGUUUUUUUGCAACAAUAAUUCCAAAUGCUGAUUGUCUGAAUGGAUGACAAAUGUUUAUUUUACUCACAUUUUAAUUGAUUUGACAGAAAUGAGUGUCAAGCUCUUUAGCAUUAAUCUGAAGUGGAUUUCUUUUAACGAGGACAAAUGGGCUUCCAUAUCUGCUGGCGUGAAGGUUUCUUUAAAGAAGACUUUGAUGAAGUUGAGCACGUAACUCGAGGAACAUUUUCUUUUUUGGCAGGGUACCUUUAUUCAUUUUUUAAAAAAGCCAUCUGUUACGGGAAUGAUUGUGCUUAGUUGCCUUAAAAAAGAAGCAAUACAGCAUCCAUGUUAGAAUGAUAAGAUCUGUAUGUUACAAAUGUAUGUUUAUGUUUGCUUCUGUCAUGGAGAAGUGCGAGCUGGGAAGGUGGAUGUACAUUAUUAUUUUUAUUUAAACCACUUCUCUUUUCACAGCGUGCGGCUGUUUUGUAUUGUUCUUCUGCUAUUUGACAAUGAAUUACUCUGCACUUAA